CACCCUCAGUUCCCAUGCAGCCAACCCCACCACAACACCCUGUACCCUUUCUGCAACACCUCUCUCCCAACCUCCACCAGAGCCCAGUCUCUAGUUUCCCUCCUCACCCUCAAUGAGAAAAUCCAGCAGCUCUCCAACUCUGCCUCUGGAAUCCCCAGACUUGGAAUCCCACCUUAUGAGUGGUGGUCUGAGUCCCUCCAUGGAAUUGCCACUAAUGGCCCUGGUGUCUCCUUCAAUGGCUCCAUCGCUUCUGCCACAAGCUUCCCACAAGUGAUUGUCACUGCAGCUGCUUUCAAUAGGACUCUGUGGAACCUCAUUGGGUCUGCCAUUGCUGUUGAGGCCAGAGCUAUGUACAACUUUGGGCAGGCUGGAUUGACAUUUUGGGCACCUAAUAUUAAUAUCUUUAGGGACCCAAGAUGGGGGAGAGGCCAGGAGACCCCUGGGGAAGAUCCCAUGGUUGCUUCUGCUUAUGCUGUUGAGUUUGUCAAGGGGUUUCAAGGUGGGAGUUGGGGAGGUGGGAGUGGUGUUAGGAAUGGGUUUGGAGGGAGAAGAGUGUUGGAGGAGAGUGAUGGGCUAAUGCUCUCUGCUUGUUGCAAGCAUUUCACUGCUUAUGACUUGGAGAUGUGGGGGAAGUAUAGUAGAUAUAGCUUCAAUGCAGUGGUUUCAGAACAAGAUUUGGAGGACACAUAUCAGCCGCCUUUUCGUAGUUGCAUACAACAAGGCAAAGCUAGCUGUUUGAUGUGUUCCUACAAUGCAGUAAAUGGGGUUCCAGCAUGUGCAGACAAGGAUUUGUUGGACAAAGUUCGAGAGGAAUGGGGCUUUAAAGGGUAUAUCACCUCAGACUGUGAUGCUGUGGCCACAGUUUUUGAAUAUCAGAAUUAUACAAAAACUAUUGAAGAUGCAGUUGCUGAUGUUCUUAAAGCAGGGACGGAUAUUAAUUGUGGUACAUACUUGGUUCGAAAUACUCUUUCUACAAUCAAACAAGGAAAGGUGCAAGAGGAAGACAUAGACAGGGCUCUUCUCAAUCUUUUCUCCGUUCAACUCCGUCUUGGGCUGUUUGAUGGAGAUCCCAUAAAAGGCCAAUAUGGAAGGUUGGGACCUCAAGACGUGUGUACAUCAGAGCACAAAAAUUUGGCACUCGAAGCAGCAAGGCAGGGAAUUGUGCUUCUUAAAAAUGAUAAGAAGUUCUUGCCUUUGAAUAAGGGUGUUGAUUUUUCAUUGGCUGUUAUUGGUCCAUUGGCAAACAAUGCAAGUUUGCUGGGUGGGGGUUACACAGGGAUUCCCUGCAACCCAAAGACUCCUUUUGAGGGUCUUCAGGAGUACAGAAAAGGAACAUCUUACACAGCUGGUUGCCAUGAUGUACCAUGUGAUUCUGAUACUGGGUUCAAGGAAGCAAUUCAUGCUGCCAAGGAAGCUGAUUUUUCUGUUAUAGUUGUUGGUCUUGAUGCGUCACAAGAAAGAGAAGAUCAUGACCGAGUUAGUCUUCUCCUACCUGGUAAGCAGAUGGCCCUUGUAUCUUCAGUAGCUGCUGCGAGUAAAAACCCAGUGAUUCUAGUUCUUGCUGGUGGUGGACCACUUGAUGUAUCAUUUGCCAAAAAAGACCCGCGAAUUGCUAGCAUUCUUUAUAUUGGAUACCCUGGUGAAACUGGUGGGAGGGCACUAUCAGAAAUCAUCUUUGGAGACUUUAAUCCAAGUGGAAGGCUGACUAUGACUUGGUAUUUUGAGUCAUUCACAAACAUCCCAAUGAACGAUAUGAACAUGAGGGCUGAUCCUUCUCGCGGCUAUCCAGGAAGAACCUACCGGUUCUACACAGGGAAUAGGGUGUAUGGAUUUGGACAUGGUUUGAGCUACACAAAUUUCACAUACAACAUUGUUUCAGCUCCGACCAAAUUAAGCAUACAAACACCAUUCAAGGUUUAUUCAAUCAAAAACGUACUUCAUCAAGCAGGAGAUGCAAAUGGUUAUUUACGCCUAGAUGAGGUGAGCUCUUGUGAUUCAUUGAGAUUCUCUGUUGAAAUCGUUGUGAUGAAUGUAGGAGACAUGGAUGGAAGCCAUACUGUGAUGUUAUACUCUCGAGUGCCAGAAAUUAUGAAAGGUGCUCCAAAACAACAGCUGAUUGGUUUCAAUCAAGUGCAUACCAUUUCAUCUAAAUCUACCCCAACAAGCAUUUUGGUGGAUCCUUGUACUCAUCUUAGCUUUGCAAACGAUUAUGGCGAAAGGGUAAUGCCAUUGGGUGAUCAUAUGUUAAUGGUUGGAGAUGCAACUCAUUCUAUUACAGUUGAAACUAAUUGAUGUUGUUCUACAGUACAUUUGAAGUCUUAAGCCUA